AUGCGUGCUGUCGAUGAGGAAGAGGCAGCGUUGCAGAAGCUCGAGACUGGAACUGUGCCCGCUGUACCGCUCCGAGCCGGCGCAUCCUUUUCGAACGCUUCUGCAACGAUCGAUUCGAGCGUUUCUGCGCUCGGCACGGCACGCAGUGUUGCACCCACCUCGCCACGGAAGGAUCUGCUGCAAGUCUACCCGAGCGGCCAGAUGCUCGCGAGCUCUUCGAGGAGCAGUCUGCUCAACUAUCCCAAGAGCGGCGCGAUGGACAAGACUCGACCGGUAGAGGAAUCGGUGUACGCCUUGUGGUUCGAUGCUCAGUCCAUCGUCCAUGAUGCUGAUUGA